GCUACAGGAAGAGACAAGAAUGCACGAUCGUGAGGUGACAAGAGCAGCUGUUGCUUCGCGAGGUGAAAAACACAGCUGCCAAUGUACUCAGAGAGACAUGGCUUAUCUACAAACACACCAAGUUAGUCAAGAAGAUCGAUCACGCCAGGGUACGCAAACAUCAGCGCAAAUUUCUGCAAGCCAUUCACCAACUGCGCAGAGUCAAACUGGAACAGAUGAAACUCACCGACCAGGCUAACACACUUGUGGAUCUAGCCAAGACUCAGAACAUGAUGUACGACCUGGUGUCUGACCUGCAGCUGCGCAGCGAGGAGCUGGAUAGGAGGAUUGGUAGUUUGGACGACAAACUGGACUCCAUCCUAGUCAAUCUGCAGGCCCUACCCAGCCUGCUCUCCCAAGCGGUCACACAGCAGCACAAGGACUUCCUGGAUGGCUUGGCCCACCGUGUACGGAAAGCCUCGUCGGAAUCUGAGCUUCACUGGGUUCCCGCUAGGUGCCAACGGUCCCUUUCCACUGCACCACAGACCGACCAUACCUUACAGCUGACAGCCUAGCCACAUUGCCACGAUUGUGACAUUAAAUGGAUUUAUUUAAUUGUGUAUUUCAUACUACCCAUGGGACAGGGGCAUUCUAUCCUCUGACAAUGCAUUUGAGCAUGGUUAUAUCUCUCCAGCCCCAUCCCUCAGCUGUUUACUAAAAGUAGUAGCGGGCGGACGGUUUGUUUUCUUCAAAAUCCUGGAUUGCCAGUCUGUGUACCUGGGCCAUUCUUGAAUAACGGUGGCAUUUUAGGAAAAAGUCACUUUUUUGUGCAGUCCCCCCCAAAAAGGGAAAAAUGCUAGUCUUAAUAAAAUCUCAUUACACCAUCGUGCUAGGGCGGCUAAUGCUGCCCCCGUAUUAGCCACCCUAACUAUUUCCCGCUACGUUACCUGCGUUGGGACACCAAAGACCAGACAACAUAAUUUGGCAAAACUUGGGGCUGUCUCAUUAAGUUCUAAACGAUGCUUCAGAUUUAUACCCCGUGACGUGUCUGGGUUUCCCCUUUUGUCUGUGGUGUAACCACCUGCAUUAUAGCUGUCAAAUCAGUGAGCUGCUUUUGUAGUAGUCAUGAAACCACACCCGCUUUAGAAGUUUAGAACGAGAAACUGCAGGCUAUAUAGAAAUAAUGACAAUUACAUUUAAAAUGAUUAAAUAUCAAGGAUUUAUCAGACUAAAUCGGUGUACAUUACAUCACACAUUCCAGUGUUUGAACUUAUAACAGUUGCAUGGAAUUUCUACUCAGUUCAUUCCAUGGCAAUGUCCGCGAUAGAUAACGUCAAGAGCGGCUUGUAGAUUUGACAGGUCGAACAUUACACAUCUGACACCGUCUAAACAAAAGCAAUGAAAAGCCACAUAUGCAUUUGUCAGCUAAAUGUGGGUUAGGGUUAGGGUUAGAGAGAGUACCAAGAGUCAUAAUACCUAGUGGUCAAACAGGGAAAUGGUUCCAAUUGUUUUUUCCACCAUUACAUUUUCCCCAUAGUUGAUUUGAGAAAACUUCAAAUUAGGGUUGUGUUCCAUGCAGGCUUACCCUGGCGUGACAUUUUGAUAACCAUGUAAAUCUCUCUAGGACAAGGUGACAAUAUAUUUGUCUGUAUUUACCUCCCCAAAAUUAAAAGCUAAUUAGCUGCUAAUGUGGCUAUUAUAAAAUAACUACAAAUGCCGUAAUGAUCUGGACGAGACUGCCGAAUUGAGGCAAAGGUAAGAAUCUCUGGAUUAAUAACAAUGUAAUGUUUGCUAAAUGUAGUAAUGGAUAAAUAGGCUACAUUUCUUUAAAAAUGGACAAUCUGUAAACUGUCUUGUGCAAGUUUUAUAUUGGACAAUACCCGCUUGCAGGGAUUUGUAGUUUGCAUGGGAAAAAUGAAUGUUGGUAAAACAAUUGGAACCAUUUUCUUGUUAGACCACUAGGUUUUGUGGGUACUCUGACACACUGUGGGGCUCUAUUAUGGCCGGGAUUCAAUGCGAUUGCGCUUUGUCAGAAACAUACCUUUUAAAGGCGCAUGUGUUCCUGCAUUCACGGAACCGCAUCACAGAGGUAUAAUAAGAACAUUCUGCGUUCAUGGUAGAUGCUGCAUAUGUCCGCUCAAUCGCAAACUACCUGUAAAUGGCACAUUGUCGACAAAGCGCGAUUGGAUUAAAUCCCGGCCUAAAUUUUCCAUAUAAUUUUUUUGUUUUACUAUAAAGUAGUCAAACAUGUUUUUUGAAGACCACAUUUAUUGAAAAGACAAUCAAAAGAAAUCUAAAGAAAUUAGAAACAAUCCUUAGUAAAGAAAAAAUAUAUAUAAAUUACAAGCAAUCUACAUCUCUGCAACAAAAAACAAAAACAUUUCCAGAGAAGAAUCUUACUGAGGGUUGGGAGAUUAGAUUUUGUGGCAACAAUCUACAAACAAAGACAUAGAAAAUUGUAAUAAAAUGUUAACCAACAGGCUUUGUUUUGCAUUCAGUUAGGUAUUAACUUUAUUAUAAUUCUCUAUACGUAACAAAUACACACAUUUCCCUGAGGAAACAAUUCCACUGGAAGUUCUACAGACUCAGUGGCUGAUAUGUUCUAAAUGCCUCAAUGGUUCGUUUCAAACACUUAAUAAAAAAAAAACAGGUGAUUACAGAUGUCAACAACCGGUAUAAUGUACCUUUUAAGAGCAUAGAGUUUCAGCAUACACUUCAUUGCUAUGAUAUAGCCAUAUCUGGGUCAAAUAUGAUUUAUCAGAAAAACAAUUUGUAAGUUUUAGGGUUAUCAUUAUUGAUUCAAAGUUGAAGCAUUAAGGUGCAUGGUUAUGACUGUUGAGAGAAUCAUUCCCCUAGCAGCAAAACAAUCGUCUCUAGAGGAGAGGGGUUGUGAUAUCCACAGCAAUGCACACUCUUCAGCCUGUACAUUAUGAUUUUACAUACAGACUGUGUAUAAAAAUAUUUUAGGUGCCAGGUGCUAGUGAAAACGAACAUUCAACUAAAGAUUGUCAGAAUAUUUCUGCCCAGAAACAAUAUUUGUCAAACUGAGGUGCCAAUACAAUGCCUUCGGAAAGUAUUCACACCCAUUUACUUUUUACACAUUUUUGCUGGAGUGAGAGUUUUUGGUCAACGAUCCACACACAAUACUCUGUCAAAGUAGAAGAAAAAUAAUAUAUUUAUAUAACAAAUAUUUAUUGAUUAGAUAAGUAUUCAAUACGUUAGAAUCACCUUCGGCAGCAAUUACAUCUGUGAGUGUUUUGGGGUAAGUCUAAGAGCUUUGCAUACCUGGCUUGUACAAUAUUAGCCUAUUAUGCCAUUUAAAAUUCUUCAAGCUCUGUCAAAUUGGUUGUUGAUGAUUGCUGGACAGCCAUUUUCAAGUCCUGCCACAGACUUUCAAGCAGAUUUAAGUCAAAACUGUAAUGAGGAACAUUCAAUGUUGUCUUGGUAAGCAACUGCAGUGUAUAUUUGGCUUUGUUUUUUUAGGUUAUUGUCGACAGGUGAAUUUGUCUCCCAGGAAAGCAAAUCAGGUUUUCCUCUAGGAUUUUGCCUGUGCUUAGCUCUAGUUCAUUUAUCUUGAUCCUAAUUAACUCCCUGGUCUUCACCAAUGACAAGCAUACCCUAACAUGAUGCAGCCACCACCAUGCUUGAAAAUAUGAAGUGUGGUACUCAGUGAUGUGCUGGAUUUGCGUCAAACAAAACACUUUGUAUAUAGGUCAAAACGUUCUUUACCAAGUGUUUUGCAGUAUUGCUUCAGUGCCUUGUUGCAAACAGGAUGUAUGUUUUUGAAUGUUUUUAUUCUGUACAGGCUUCCUUCUUUUCACUCUGUCAAUUAAGUUAGUAUUGUUGGGUAACUACAAUGUUGUUGAUCCAUCCUCAGGUUUCUCCCAUCACAGUCAUUAAACUCACAAUUUUAAAAAUCAGUAUUGGUCUCAUGGCGAAAUCCCCGAGCGGUUUCCUUCCUCUCCGGCUACAGAGAUAGGAAGAACACCUGCAUCUUUGUAGUGACUGGGUGUAUUUAUACAUCCAAAGUGUAAUUAAUAACUUCACCACCCUCAAAUAUUGUCUGCUUUUUGUUUUCUACCAAUAGGUGCCCUUUUUUGCGAGGCAUUGGAAAACCUCCCUGGUCUUUGUUGUUGAAUCUGUGCUUGAAAAUGACUUUUGAACUGAGGGACCUUCCAGAUAAUUGUAUGUGUGGGGUAGUCAUUCAACAAUAAUGUUAACAACUAUUAUUGCAUGCAACUUAAGCACAUUUGUACUCCUGUACGUAUUUAGGCUUGCCAUAUGAAAUGGGUUGAAUAGUUGACUCAAGACAUUUCAGAUUUUCAUUUUUAAUUAAUUUGUCAAAUAAAUUCUAAAA